AUGAUGAGUACUUUAGCAAAAGCAAAAGCUUAACCAAAGGGAGAAGACACAUAUGGGAAUCAAUAUUAAAGUAUAGAUGAGAUGUGGAAAAGAGAAUUAAAACCAGAUCCAAAAGAGCUGGCGAGUGAGGAAUUGAAAAUAGAAGGAAGAGUUGGAGAUCAAGAGUCUUGGUACAAGAAGCAAGUUGAAUAUUGGAAUAAUCAAGAAGCCUCUGUUGAAGGAGUAUUAGGGGGCUAUGGAAAAGUUCAUCCAGUAGAUUCAGAUACAUCUUGCAGCUUCCUGGAUGGUUUCAAAGCUAAAAUCGGACAUGAUAGAGCUCUUGACUGCGGAGCAGGAAUAGGAAGAGUUACCAAGAGUGUUCUAAUAGAUCGUUUUGAAAAAGUAGAUCUUGUUGAACCAUCUCAAGUUUAACUUGAUAAAGCAAGAGAGUAUAUUGGCUCAGAUAAAGUAGAAAAUUACUAUUGCAAAGGCCUCUAAGAAUUUUAAUUCGAUUACAAAUAUGAUUGCAUUUGGUUAUAAUGGGUUUUAUGCUACUUAACUGAUGAUGAUCUUGUUUAAUUCCUCAUUAAGUGUGGAGAAAAUCUCACUGACGAAAAUAGCAUGGUUUUUGUGAAAGAAAAUGUCCAUGAGCAUGGCUUUUAUGUAGAUAAAGAUGACAAUAGCGUAGUGAGAUCAGACCUAUUAUUCUAAGACAUUUUUGAAAGAGCGGGAUUUACUGUUGUUAAGCAUAUUUAUUAGCAAGGUUUCCCUAAAGAGCUCUUUAGAAUCAGUCUGUACGCUCUUAAAAAAGCAAAGUAAUGA